AAUCAGAGGCUGCAAAGCGUCCUAUGCUGACGCAAGUUCCUCUGUGUCUAGCCGGCAGGCUUGAAGAGGGAUUCCAAUAUAAGCUGUAUUCUUCGCAAGCAGCGGUCCCUUUAAAUCUGCACCCAAGGCUCUGCGAGAGGCGGCCCCUUUAAAUCAGCACCUAAAUCCCAGUGGGAGAAGGCCCCCUGGCGUUGCACAAUGCCCUUUGACUUCAGGAGGUUUGACAUCUACCGGAAGGUGCCUAAGGAUUUAACACAACCAACAUACACUGGCGCUAUAAUUUCUGUUUGCUGUUGCCUCUUCAUUACAUUCCUUUUCUUGUCGGAACUCACCGGAUUUAUUGCCAGCGAGAUUGUCAAUGAGCUCUAUGUAGAUGACCCCGAUAAAGACAGCGGUGGUAAAAUUGACGUGAACCUAAACAUCAGUUUGCCAAACUUGAACUGUGAUCUGGUGGGACUGGAUAUUCAGGAUGAAAUGGGGAGACACGAAGUUGGUCACAUUGAUAAUUCCAUGAAAAUUCCUCUAAACAAUGGCAAUGGCUGUCGGUUUGAAGGACGCUUCACUAUAAACAAGGUGCCCGGUAAUUUCCACAUAUCUACACACAGUGCCACUGCUCAGCCACAAAAUCCAGACAUGAGCCAUUUUAUUCACAAACUGUCAUUUGGUGAUGCCUUACAGGUGGAAAAUAUUCACGGUGCUUUCAACGCUUUGGGGGGAGCCGAUAAACUGUCCUCAAAUGCUCUUGCGUCCCAUGAUUAUAUCCUGAAGAUUGUGCCAACAGUAUACGAAGACAUGAACAGCAAGCAGAGAUUUUCCUACCAAUAUACAGUAGCUAAUAAGGAAUAUGUUGCAUACAGCCACACGGGCCGAAUUAUCCCUGCCAUCUGGUUCCGAUAUGACCUAAGUCCCAUCACUGUGAAAUACACCGAGAGGCGGCAGCCCAUGUACCGAUUUAUAACUACGGUAUGUGCCAUUAUUGGAGGAACAUUCACCGUGGCCGGUAUUCUGGACUCUUGCAUAUUCACAGCUUCUGAAGCUUGGAAGAAGAUACAACUUGGAAAAAUCCAUUAGGGUCUAUUCACUACUAAUUUCCAACCUGAAGAACUGGAAGGAACACCAAAUUAUUAGGAGAUAAUAUUUCUAUUUUUUCUUAGAUAAUGAAAAAUUAUGUGAAGAUACACUAUCUCUAAAGCCAAAUCUAGCUGGUUGUUGGCAUGGGGAAGCAUUGUAGAUAAUUUAGUCAUACCUUCCAGAAGUAGCAGUAGCAAUUGAUUGCCUUCACAUUUUUUAACUUUGUAUGCAACACAAACUCUGUGGUGCGUUAUGGUUUCGGGUCAUAAGGUCCUCUUUCUGGUUGGAAAUCAUGUUUUUUGUUUUUGUUUGUUUUUUUAAAUGGUGCCUUUUUAACCUGGAUCAUAAAACACUCACAUCUAUCACUGUGCAGUUUAUGCUAAAACAUGUGUCAGUAUGGUUAUAACCGAUUUAUUGUUACGUUGGGGUAUUUAAUCUUAGUUUGUUUUUUAUAUUACAAUAUUUUAUGUUUUUCUACAUUCUCAUAUCACAGAAAGUCAUAUUCCUGAUUUAGUGAAUGCAUGUCUUAAGUCAAAGGAUGGUCUGUUUGGAACAAAUCCAUUUAUAGUAAAUUCCCUAUUGCCCUACCAUUAGGCACUUUUGUGUCCUCCGAACUGCACUAGUGCUACUUAAUUUCUUGAGAGGUAUAGCUAAUUCAUUUUUAUUUUUUUUUCUAUUCUUUAUUUUUGUAUGACGUGAGAAGACACAACAGUAAUGGUACAGCAUAAUACGUUCCACAUAGCAUCAGGUAUUUUUGUGUUCUAAGUUAUGCAAGAAAGUAAUAGAACAGUGAACAUUGAUAUGUUACAUUACUACAAGCGUUACACUUAAGGUUUGCAAAUUAGUAGUAUAGCUAAUUAUUUACGCAUGCGGUUUACUUGGUUCCCAUGUGUUAAAAUAACUUUUAGUGCCAAAUAGUAGUAAUAGAUAUAAACCAUAUAAUAGGAAACCACAUGGCGUAAUAGGGAUCACUUGACACAUUGAGAUUAAAAUCGGCAAAGGUGUUAAUGAGAUGAUUGAUUUCUGACUUGAAUUAUGCUGCACAAUGUUACUUCAGAUGUGUAGUUGUCAGCUUCUUAUAAUGAUGGCCUGACUUCUAUAAUGUUUUUAGAAAUGCAUAUCUAUCUAUAAUGUCUCCUGUCACUAAGCCUUGGCAAUUUUUAAAAUUUCAGAUGCGCAAAAGGUCACAUUGCAAUUAACUCUGACAUAUGGUACUUAAACUGAUAUUUACAGAAAACAUGGUGGAAAUUGUUAAAUAUAAACGUAUGCAUAGGCUUGUGUAUCUGUAUAAUGUUUAAGACCAAAUGUUUACUGUCACGAAAACUUUGAUUUGGAAUAGUAUUUUUAAAGAACAGAUUGUUACAACAGAAUAGACCAUGUUUCAUUCUUAAAGGAACACUCCUGCACUGUAGUGGUUAUGGUGCCAGGACAGCUGCUGGCGCUGCUCCCCAUCUCCAUUUAAUGCUCUGAGAACCGGACUUCCGGCUUAGGGCCGUCAGGCUAAGAUCACAUAGAGCGUUUCUUGCUCUCUGACUGUAGUGGAGGUGAGAAGCGGAGCUCUGUAGAACCCAUAUAAGCAGUCAAACGGUUUAACUAGCUAAAAUUCAGGGGUACCAGGGCAUUCCUGGCACCAGAGCUAUUACAUGGCUCUGGUGUAGUUAUGGUGUUUUGAGUGUUUGUUUUAAGGGGUUAAUUUAGAACAAUUCACAGACAAGUGCAUUUAUUCUGUUGAUGGCCUGAAAAACCCUCAUCAUCAUGCCUGAAACACAAUAUUUGCUAUAGGUUUUAAGGUGUUUGUGACAGUGUCUUAAAGUGACCUCCAACACUCACGGUUAGGAAAUAUAUUUAACACUUCAAAGUAUGAUUUUCAAUCUUCAGGCAGUCAAAAAUGACUGAUGUCAGUGAGUGACAGGAUAUAUUAUAUAUGUUCCAUUUUUGUAUUCUCGCCCAGUAUUUGUAGGAGAAAUCUACACAUGCAGUAACUUUUUGUUUUUUUUUAAUGCACUUACAUUUGUAGAACCUGCUUUUCAAUAUACAGGAAUGCUCUGUUUUGCUGCUGUAAUCAUUAGGUUUCUGCUAGGAAGUGAAAGCCCCACUGUAGUUGUGGUGAUUGGUCUUAAUAGAUUUGAGUGUAGAGGAUUGCUUUCACAGCCAUUGUAAUCAGCCUCGAGUAAUCCACAUCUAUACAAGCAAACAAUCAGUGUAUCAUCACACGUUCUAAUUUUUCAGUUGGGUCUGGACACUUGUGUUACUCUGGCUAGCCAGUGGCAUAUUAGCAGCUCCAGAAACGGGCUACAACCAAGAAAAAUCAUUGGUUCUUCUACAUCUGGAAAUGUGUAGCUUAAUUCUAGAAUGCACCGUCAGGUGUUUUAGAUAAGCAAUGCUAGAGAUUUAUAAUAGAGUAUUCCUGAAUAUCUAUAGGAGGCAUCGAAAGUAUUUCCCAUCUCUGCUGGUUAUUCCAGAAGGAUCACUUUCUUAAAUGUGACAUCCUAUAUUUGGGUCCUUGUCAUGUUUCCUAUCUAUAGCUCUGUCUACUUUAUUAGAGAUCUCAAAUUGGCACAGGGGUCAAAGGUUCUCAUUUACUGAACCAUUCUAGUGCUGACGUGUGUCUGCAACAUGUCAAAACAUGCCAACCUUUUAAUGCCAAAUCAGUAAUUUUCCGAUGCCAAGAAAAGCGAAUAUAGACCAUUUUAUCAUUAGCUGUAGGGUUUACUUGUAAUUCAGUGAGCCUACAUGUAAAUGUUAUGUAAAGCGGUAUUUGACAUUACCUGUUUAUAAAUGGGUACAUGUUGAAUUUUAGGUGCCAUUUAUGCAGUUAGGUGGCAGUGGUGAGAUUUAGCAGUUUUACAUAUAGAAUCUAGCAGGAAUUGGGAACCUGCGCCUGGUGCUUAACUGCAACUCCCAUUAGCUUCUUGUAAUCAUAUGCUGAAUUGGCAUGGAGUUUCUCUAACCAGGUACACACAGGGCUUAGUAACUGCCUGCCAUGCAAGCUAGCAUAUUCUACUUUAAA